AACUACAUUAAGAGCAAAAUAUAUUUAUUUACAUGAGUCAAAUAAUUGUUUUACACUAUUUACCAAAAUCGCAAUAAGUCCACACCGGCCGUGCCACUUUCUUUCUCUGUAAAGCUUUACGCGGGUUCAGUCAAUGGCUGUAAUCCAUUUUUUUUUUUUUCAGAUAGCUGAAAUUACAGUGUAGUGAAAAGUAAAAACCCUACACCAUAAGCUAAAACAGAAAGAAGCCUCUAUAAAAACCUCUCAUAUUUUGUUCUUCAACACAAAUUCGUCAUUCGUAUUUUGUGCUCGUGUUUAUCUGCCUGAAUCAAAAGAACGCCAACAAUGGCAAACGCAGCAUCUGGUAUGGCCGUGCACGAUGACUGCAAGCUGAGGUUCCUGGAGCUGAAGGCGAAAAGGACUUACCGAUUUAUUAUCUAUAAGAUAGAGGAGAAACAGAAGCAAGUUGUGGUUGAAAAAGUUGGCGAGCCGACUCAAAGUUAUGACGACUUUUCUGCUUGUCUUCCUGCCGACGAAUGUCGAUAUGCUGUCUAUGAUUUUGACUUUGUGACGGCCGAGAAUUGCCAGAAAAGCAAGAUUUUCUUCAUUGCUUGGUCACCCGAUACUGCAAGGAUCCGAAACAAGAUGAUUUAUGCUAGCUCGAAGGACAGAUUCAAGAGGGAGCUGGAUGGGAUUCAAGUUGAAUUGCAAGCAACCGAUCCAACUGAAAUGGGCCUCGACGUUAUCAAGAGCCGUGCUAACUAAGUGAAAAGUUUUCAGGCGUUUUGCUGCAGAUUUGAUCUGUGCAGUGACCUUUUUUUAAUUGAAAAUGGAAUAUGCCUAUUGCUGAAGAUUUGAUCGUGCAGUGACCUUUUCACUUGAAAAUGGAAUAUGCAUAUAGUUUGUUGGGUUGUAAACUUGGAUUUGAGUGUUCGUCAAAUAUUUUGAUAUAUACUGUUUCUCAUAUUUUGUCGGGAUUUAACGUUAUUCUUGUACUUUAGAUAUUGAUCAUCUGGUGUUCCUUUUGUAAUCUGGUGAGCUACAAAGCUUAUAUGUAACAAUCUGUGAGUGGGUAAGCUCUCUUAGCCUAGUUUCAGCAUUGAAUGGAUAUGUUUUAACUCUUGGUUUUCCUUUUGAAUGCAAAUUUAAAUGCUUUUACCUUCUGUUAACCAUCUCGAGCAGUUUUGUC